CCAUUUCCGAUAGCACGGGAAGGCAGCAUAACAACUGACGACAGUAACUGUUACGGCUUGACACUUUAGCGUUAGCCUACAGACAAGAAACAGCGCCGGUGUCGUUUAAAGAGAUUUCAUUUCACAAUGUCAGCAGCCGGUCCAGAAGGUGCUGGCGCAGGGUCAGGCAACAGGCGCUUGCAGCAGACCCAGGCCCAGGUGGAUGAGGUGGUGGAUAUUAUGCGUGUUAAUGUGGACAAAGUGCUGGAACGUGACCAGAAGCUGUCUGAACUGGACGACCGAGCAGACGCACUGCAGGCUGGAGCCUCCCAGUUUGAAACCAGCGCUGCUAAGCUGAAAAGGAAGUACUGGUGGAAGAACUGCAAGAUGUGGGCCAUCCUGAUAGCUGUCAUUGUGAUCAUCAUCAUCAUCAUUAUAAUUUGGAAUUACUCCUAAAACCACAACAAUAACAACAACAGGAGGAGGAGUGGAGGGAAGAAUGAAGAAGAGGAGAGGAGCAACGUACAUAAAUAAUCUCUCGGAGGAAGACUUGACGUGAUUACUGGCUACUGAGCGCCACACAUUUUUUCUCCUGGCAGGAGGUCUUCAUUCCUUGUCCUGGUUUGCCCUUAAUGUGUGUGCGAGUGUGAUUUUGUGUGUGUGUGGGUGUGUUUGCAAAUGUGCCUGAGUAAAGGAAUGUCACGAUACCAGAGUUUUACCCUGCAUUAUUACACCAUAUCAGACAUGUUUAAACCUGUAUUGGAGUACCAUGCCACUUGCCAAAGAGAACAGGGACAUGCAUACAGAAUCAGGUCAAUAAUUAAUGGAACUCAAAAUCCAGAAACCAAAACGUAUGAAAAAUGUUUUUAUAUAAAUUAAUCCUCUUCAAAUGUAUCACAAAGCGCACACACACAUACUCCAACCUCAGGACUAGAAGUGAAGAAUGCUGUUGUAAACUCUCCUCAACUUAUAUUUACUUUUUUAUGUUUUAUUAAUAGCCAUUGAUUUUGUGUGCCAGGCUAAGAGAAGUGCCUUUGAGGAUCUGCUGUUCUGUGUUAGUUUAGAUUAUAACAGUAACCCUGCAUAUCAUUGAAUAUUUUCCCCUUUCCAACACGUACACAUUUGGUUUUUCUCAUAUAAAAAAAUUGAACUAAUGCAGUGCCUGUUCAGAACGGGCCGACUGCUUGGCCUCCUAUAUUGCUGUUUGCAUCUUUCUCGAGAACCGCUCAUCCAAACAAUUUCACACUCGACACUGCGCUUUCUUGCGUCCGGAGCAAUACAUCUGCUAUGACAUAGUUGCAUCCUCACAGAGUACACACAUUUAUUUGGCUGCAAAGCUCACACAAAUAUCUACUGACUAAGCUAGCUGUAUCCAGCAUGCUGUCCGGCGGUGUAACAGUUAUUAGGGGUCCCCGCUCAAAUACACUACAGUGUGUACAUAAAGCACUACUCAUAAAUAUGUCCCGUAGAUCUCAAGAGCUCUCAUUCGACAUUACACUUCCGUUGGUCCUUAGAAAUACAACUGCCAAGUGUGAAGUUGAUCGGAUGAACGGUUGUUGACGGACAUGCAUACAGACAGACAGAGACUCCUUCCAUUUUAGUUACAUGGUCAUAGUCGGCCGGGGAAUGAUGGGACGAGUAUGCCUUAUUUUAUUUAUGCACAUGGUUUACUGUUAAUACAUUUCUCCGUGUAAGACAUUUGAUUUUGGAUUGAAUAAAGAUGAAUUUCAUUGGUCACCCAACAACAAAUAAGCUAACCUGAAACACACUGUUUGAACCACCUGAUCACACUUGUCCAUCUUCCUUUCAGGUAGAAUUUAGCUACAGUAAAAACCAGUAUAAGCUUGUAUUUAGAUAAGUGCCUAUAUGUUAAGACAGCCUCACACUGCUACACUUGGUUAAAAGUGGCAAAUUGUCUCAACCAGGUUCUCUCAAGGACGUGCCAUAAAGUUUGCCUUUGUGAUAUAUUCAAGCACAGAAAAGUAACAACAUGUAGUGUUGGACAGAUGCCUUAAUAGGUUUCUCCAAUGGAGAACAGCCAAAAUACAGCCACGCCGUAUUGAUCAUGUAUACCAGGCAGUAAAAGAGUCGUGCCUUCUGAAUGCUCCAACUGUCCAAACGUGCUGCUUACUUUUUCAGCUGAGCUUAUUAACCUUUUCACACUGGCAUUUAUCCCACCUGAUCAAGGCAAAGUACUUCUCUCGUGUGAUAUUUUAGUUUUAUUAUGCCUCUAACAAUAGCUUUUUUUUGCAAUCUGUUAUAUGUAGAACUAAACUUAAGGAGACUGUAUUUUGUUUUCGACUAGGGGCUUACUGCGUCUAAGCACCAUGCGUGUUUGAGUGUAGAGAAAAACUUUGUUGGGCAAUGACGGUGUUUUAUAUCAACACUGGAUGAUUUUAUUCUCUGCUGUUGCUUCCAUUCUAUUAAAAUAAAUGUAUUUUAAUGGAAUAAAAGUACUGUUGAUGUUGCAUUUCUCUGUAGUUUUAAAGACAUUAGCGGUUAUUUGGCCUUCACAGUGCAAACAUGAUAGAAUAGAGUUUGAUGUAGCCGUCUAAGAAAUUGUAAAAUAUUUUCAAAGGUCACUCAAAAUACUUUAGCAGACUUGUUUUUUUAUCACAGUUGUAUGGAUUUUUUUCAUCGUCUCCUGUCUACACCUGAAAUUUCAGGCCCUGUAACUUCCAACCCUCGCUUAUGUCUACCCACUGGGAAUGCAUUUGAAAAUGAGUGCAAUCCUACUCUUGGGCCCCAAAUGCCUUUUGCUUGAAUAAAACUGAUUUAACUUAA